UGACGCAGUGGCCGCUCAAGGCGGGUAAGGAGGUAACGCUCCCCCAGAGCCAGUUUCUUCCCCUUACUUCCAGCCUGUCAGCAGGGAAAGGGCAGAUGAUAACUUGAAAACAAGCCAAACUGUAGCUGUGAUUGCUGGUGAAGUCAUCUCCAGCAAGCCGGAGGCAUCAAUAACCUUUCUCAGGUAGCCCUAUCUUUUUCUAAUUCCCACCUUGAUAGAGUGGCAUCUCCAAGCACCAAUCAAGUUGAGAAAAGCCGGAAACAGACCACAGCCUUCCAACACAGCACUGUAAUUAAGGACUUCUAUUUCAUCAAGAUACUGAGUUACUGAACAGUCAGUUAUCUGCCAACCUACCAUCUACCAACCAGCCUUCCCUCAGUCAUAAAACAACCAGUCCUCAGUCAACCCAUCUUCAGUCAACCAGGCACGAAUCAAUUAGGAAUGAAUCAAUCAGGGAUGAAUCAGUCGAACUCCUCAGACUUGAACCAAACAGUCAUGAGCCAGUCAGGCGCAAGCUUAAUUAGCAUAAACCAACUAGAUAUGAACCAAUCAACUACAAGCCUGCAUGAUAUGAGCCAAGCAGGCACAAGCCAACAAGGCAUGAGGGGAUCAAGUGCAAGCCUACUGGAUUCAAAUCAACUGAACAUGAAACAAAUAGGCACUUGGCAACUAAGGUCCAGCCAACUAGGCAUGAAGCGAUCAAGUGUGAACCUACUGGACCCGAACCAACUGUAUAUGAAGGAAGCAGGCACCUGGCUACCAAGCACAAGCCAAUCAGGCAUGAGGCGAUCAAGUGUAAGCCUACUGGACUCAAAACAACCCUGUAUGAAUGAAACAGGCACCUGGCAAGCAGGCACGAGCCAACCAGGUGUGAGGCGAUCAAGCGUGACUCUACUGGACCCAAGUCAACUGUGCAUGAAGAAAACAGACACCUGGAAACCAGGCACAAACCAGCUGGACAAGAAGCAACCAAGCAUAGGCCAACUAGGCAUGCGGCAACCAGUCAUGAGCCAAAUAGUUUCUAGCCCACCAGACACAUGGCAACCAUGUGCCAGCCAAUCAUAUACAAGCCAACCAGGCAUAAGCCAAUCAGGUGCCAGUCAGUCAGGCAAGAGCCCAUCAAGCACAAGCCAACCAAGCAUGGUGGACAUGAACCAACCAGUCAGGUGUCAACUAGGCUCGUGGCAACCAGGCCCAAGUCAACCAAGCUGGAAUCAACAAGACCUGAAUCAAAUAGUUCUAAACCAAUCAGGCAGAAGUGAACCAGGCCCAAGUCAACUAGAUUCAAGCCUAUCAGGUGUGAGCCAACCAGAAACGAGCCAAUCAGGCACGAAGCAACCAAGUAUGGAUUCUUUCCGAGUAAGAUCUGCAGAGGCUCGAGACUGCCCAGAAAUCCUGCGACUGAUUAAAGAAUUGGCUGCCUGUGAAAACAUGCUAGAUGCAGUGAAGUUAACAGUAAUGGAUUUACUCAGGGAUGGCUUUGGGGAAAAUCCCCUUUUCUACUGCCUAAUUGCAGAAGUACAAAAUCAACAAAAACCAUCAGGUAAAGUAACUGUCGGAUUUGCCAUGUACUACUUCACAUACGACCCCUGGAUAGGCAAGUUACUUUACCUGGAGGAUUUUUAUGUCAUAAAAGCUUACCGAGGUCUAGGCAUUGGAGCUGAAUUGCUGAAGAGGCUAAGUCAAAUAGCCAUCAGGAGUCAAUGUAAUUGCAUGCACUUUCUUGUCGUCAUUUGGAAUCAGGACUCUAUUAACUACUACACUCGUCGGGGGGCUCUAGACCUUUCUUCUGAAGAGGGCUGGCAUCUUUUCAGGUUUAAUAGAGAAGAACUCAUGGACAUGGCAGAGGAAGAAUGAAAGUGGCCAUAUAACAGCUCAUCCCAAUAUAGGCACCAACAUUUGAAUGUCACCUAACUCUAACAGCAGUUUGACUUUGAAUGUUGUAAAAUAGAGCAAGUGAUCAUAACAUUCUUGUUUAAGCAGAUCUUUUACUUUGAAACAUAUUU